AUGUAUAAGGUCACGGGACCUCGUAGUUUGCUAUCUCUUGAUACUGUCAACUGCCUCAUCGCCCCCAAUGUGACUUGCAACACGCAUCACCCAGCUAUCAUGAUUCCAACCAUCAAACAAGUUCUCAACCCUUUCAUCCCAGGAACCGCGGUCUUCAAGUUGUCGAGACUGUGUGGAAGGGACAGGGACGCCUCAAGGAGGACCAGUGAGUCGGUGGUAACAGUCAACCAAAGCACUCAGGCCCCGCGCGCAGCCCCGCGUGCAGUGACUAUUGAAGACCUGGAUCACCUGUUUCCCACGCUGGAGGAUUACCAGCGCAGACUACGUCGUCCAGAGAAAGAGCUCGACCGCCCCCCUCUCGUCGAGGACCAGUACGAGCAUCCUGCGUUGGCGUACUACGAGAACCUACACUCCUUCAACCAAUCCGUCACCCAGGCUGGACCUACUGACUACAAGAUGGAGCUCAACAAAGAAGGCCCCGCCGCUGAGAAGGAGAGCGACCAAAAGUCUGUCUCUGAGUGGUCUGUGGUUUCGAUGACCAAGGAGAAAACCGGUGACUCUAAGAUUGCCAGCGACGACAAGUCUAUCUCCAAGAAGCAUGGAAAGCCUAACGAUGGCAGCAAGAAGGAGAAGGUUAUGUCUAACAAGAAUGAAAGCAACAUGUCUCUGGAGUCCGCGGUCUUGGUCAACGCCCUGGGCAACCAGAGCACCGACAGCCUGGCCGCUAGUAUCGGAACUCAGAGCUCUGCGAGCUUCGGUGAUACAUCUGGUGAUAUUGGCGAUGACGAUGUCCCUGUCUACAUGCGCCUGGACUUCUGGGAUCGUUGCACUAUUAUCGAGGAGACUGAAGAGCAGCUUGUCUCACUCAAAGAGAAAGAAGUCGUCCUGAGCGUAAGGGAUGAAGCGUCUCUCUUGGGUGAUUCCAUGGCCUCGCUCGGUCUUGGUGCCUCGAACAUCAGGAGCGGCGAGCAGUCUAACCAGUUACGCCUGAACAGUUCCAUGGCCCCUCCCAAUCUUGCUGCCUUGAACCUUGAGUCUGGCGAGCAGUCUAAAGAGUCGUGCUUGAGCACCCUCAUGGCCACUCCUAACCCUAGUGCCUCGAACACUGCGUCUGGCGAGCAGUCUAAAGAGUCGCGCUUGAGCAGCCCCAAGGCCUCUCCCAAACUUGGUGCUUCGAACACUGCGUCCGGCAAGCAGUCCAAAGAGUCGCGCUUGAGCGGUUCCAAGGCCUCUCUCGGUUUCGGUGCUUCAAUCACUGUGCCCGGCGAUAAGUCUGAAGGGGCACGUUUGAGCUCCUCCACUGCCUCUGUCGGUCAUGAUUCCUGGAACAUUGUUUCAGACGAGGAGUCUAAAGAGUCACGCUUGAGCGAUUCCAAGGCCUCUCUCGGUUUCGGUGCUUCGAUCAUUGUGCCCGGCGAAAAGUCUCAAGGCGCACGCUUGAGCUCCUCUACAGCCUCUCUCGGUCUUGAUUCCUGGAACAUUGUUUCCGACGAGCAUUCUGAAGGGUCACGCUUGAGCUUCACCGCUGGCACUCUUACUCCCGACUCAUCGACUCCCCUUUUGCGCAAGGAGCCCGCCGAGAGGACUCAGUCCGCUGACCAGCCUGAAGGGUCACGCUUGAGCUUCACCAUUGUCUCUCUCUCUCCAAAUUCAUCGACUCCUCUUUUGCGCGAGGAGAAGGAUCUAGAGGAGCCUCAGUCCGCCGGCCACUCUUCCGUGAAUCUUCCUGGAAGCAGUGCUGCCGCUUCCGUACACAGCGAGAACCGGAGCAAAGCCGACGACAAAGGCGACGACAAGGACGACGACAAAGGCAAAGACAAAGGAGACGCCAAAGGUGAAGACAAAUGCGACAGCGUUGAGGGUGACGCCAAAGAGCCCGAAGCGACCCCACCCGUGGCACGCAAGCCUUACAAGGAUCCAACUCUCUGGGUGCGCGGCUUCACCGGCACUCUUCUUAAGGGCGCCGCGCCUGGAGAACCCGCUAGACCCGAUGACAGCCGCUCCUGGGACUGUAAGAUUCUGUGGUGCAUCGAGUGCCACGGGCCCUGCCCUAUCUGCGGGAAGCCCUGCUGCGUCCGCUGGGGUUGCGAUCGAUACAUGGACCAGCCCAUCGCGGAUCGAAAUUGGUUGAAGUCGCGCCGCUGCUUCAUGGUCACCGCCCUUCUAGACCGUUAUGGGAACUUGACCAGAGAUCACUCGACCUACACGGUGUGCACCGAGCCCGGUGGAUGCGGACGUUAUGUCUGCUCCGACUGCUGCGGUAUCUGCUCCACUCCGAUGUGUCGCGACAUCCAGUGCAAGGACUGCAAGCCCAACCCUUGGGGCCCCUGUGACUGGCAUGCGUCAUGAAUAGGCGCAACUGUUUUGUGCUUUGGCGGAAGGCC